AUGUCUACUCAGAAGUCCCACGGAGAAAACCGCACAGUGGUGACCCAUUUUAUCCUCCUUGGCAUCCCCCAUACGGAUGGCCUCCAGACCAUCCUCUUCCCUGUCUUCUUAACCUUCUACAUCUGCACUUUGCUGGGGAACUUGUUGAUUAUGACCGCUGUCUUCACUGACUCUCGUCUCCACACCCCCAUGUACUUCUUCCUGUUCAACCUCUCCGUCCUUGACAUUGGCUUCUCUUCUGUCAGCACCCCAAAGAUGUUGGCCAACCUUUGGGGACAAAGCCGGAUAAUACCACUGGGCGGGUGCAUAUCCCAAGUCUUCUUCUAUCAUUUCCUGGGAAGCACAGAGUGCCUCCUCUAUACCGUCAUUGCCUAUGAUCGUUAUGUUGCCAUCUGCCACCUGCUGCGGUACCUCAUCAUCAUGAACUGGAAGGUGUGUGCUGUCUUGGCUGCCGGCACAUGGGUCACCAGCUCCUUCCAUGCCACCAUCCUCACGACCUUGACUUUCACCCUACCCUACUGUGGGCCCAGUGAAGUGGACUACUUUUUCUGUGACAUCUUUCCCGUCGUCAAGCUGGCUUGCGCCGACACCCUCAUCAUUGAGACGGUGAGCUUCACCAACAUUGGCGUUGUUCCCAUGACCUGCUUCAUCCUCAUCCUUGCUUCUUACAUCCGCAUUGUCUAUUCUAUCCUGAGGAUGAGUUCUGGGGAAGGGCGGCGAAAGGCAGCCUCCACUUGUGCCUCCCAUUUGACUGUAGUUACCCUCUUCUUUGGCCCCUGCGCCCUGAUCUACACUCAGCCGUCACUCAGUGAAAUUCUGGUGACCCCUGUGCAGAUCUUUGGCAAUGUGGUCACACCCAUGCUGAACCCAGUCAUUUAUACACUUCGAAACAAAGAAGUGAAAGCAGCUUUGACUAAGCUGACAGGGGGCAAGAGGGUGACCCAGGCUGGCACCCACUAG